AUGGGAUGGACGUCUAUUACCUCUAAGGAUAAAAUUUACUCUACACAAAGAAAACCCAAUCACUGUACCACGCCCACAACAUUAUCAGGACAGAAUAUCUCCGCCUACCGAGUUGAAAACGAUAAACGUCGAACAAGUCACACUUGUUGCAGCACUCAGAGACCUCCCGCCUUUAAAUACCAACACAGACGUCGAAAGAACCAACUUUCAGACGCCGCAGAGGCCGAGACAACCCCGGACGCCGAGUUGGGAAAAUACUAUACCACCUUGAUCCAAUUUGCCGUCAACUAG